AUGGCCAGCUUCAAAACAUUGCAGCUUAUAGAGUUCGUACUUGAUGCUCAUCCCUCUGGGUUCUACUGGACGGCAGACUUGAUAGUGAGAGCUGCAUCACAACUCGUCGUGCUCCUCACGGACUCCUACCAGAAGUCCAGAAUCGUAAACGCGAGAGACUCAAUAUUUGAUAAUAUCCAACAGAGAGGCACUAACGAGAAAGUUGGCUCAAGGACGGACUGGAUGAAGAAGGUUCUUGAGAGGCCUGAUCCUCGACGCAUGGCCGAGACAGCUUCCCUCUUUAGGACACCCUCGCCGGGGACGAGCGAUCGGGUAACUCAGCGAUCUGGAAACGGGGGACUUACUCGACGGCCACUUAAAACGGUCAAUGUCGAGUCCGAUACUAAGAAGUCCGCGCGAUAUAGUGAUGGGGAUGCGCCUCUCAACGAGCACGAUCUCGAUAGCAUCGAUCUCAACCAGGAUACCGAGCUCAGCAGCACGAUCACAGAAGCUUAUCUUCGGCGGCAGAGUGAGAGAGCUCAGAAGGCAAGCGGGAAAGACCCGCUGCUCAACGAGUCGCCUGAACCCAAGAAGACUGCUCGGUGGCCAAAGGUCAAGGAGUUAGCACGACAAAUUCAAGAGGAAGGAUCUCUUAACGAGCACGAUCUCGAUAAAAUCGAUCUCAACCGGGAUGCCAAGCUCGGCAGCAGGGCCACAGAAGCUUAUCCUCGACCGCAGAAUGAGAGAGCUCAGAACGAAAUCGAGAAAGAACCGCUGCUCAACGAGUCGCCUGAACCCAACAAGGUUAUAGAGCAGUCAACAAGGAGUGGAAAGGUAGUUUCCGAUCUUGUUCGAGACUCGAAGCUCGAGACGAUUAUUGCUAGCAACGCAAGUGUUGUCCGGCACAUAUCGUAUGUAUCAAAUCCACGAAUGCGCCAGCGCCGUUUGAAGAAAGAGGAAACUUGGAGGCGGCGAAAAAAGCUUGGAAGUGGCUCCUUUGGCUGCGUUUGGCUCGAGGAGCGCCUUGAUGGAGAUGACACUGGGAGACUCCGCGCGGUCAAGGAGAUCACCAAGAGUCGAGAGGGAAAGAGGAGCGAAAUUGAUUACAACCGCGAACUAGAAGCCAUUGCUAAAUUUUCUCACUCAAAGUAUGUCCAUUGCUUUGUACAGUCCUUCGGCUGGUACGAGAGUGAGAACACAAUCUUCAUUACAAUGGAGUACAUUGAGAAGGGUGACCUUCAAAGCUACUUAGUACGCCCAUUCCCAGAGGAGGAAGUGAAGCAGAUUGCUUUUCAGCUCCUGGAGGGAUUAGAAUAUAUGCACGAGAACGGGUUCGCCCACCGGGAUCUCAAACCUGCUAAUAUCCUCGUGUCUGAACCCUCACCCAACUGGUGGGUCAAGAUCAGUGAUUUCGGGAUUUCUAAAAGAGCUGAGGAAGCUACUGCGUACCGCACGUUUGUUGGGACGAGGGGAUACCUUGCACCGGAAAUCCUUGGCAUUUAUUCUAUAGCCGACAUGAAUAACAUCAGCUCGAGCCAAACUCUGGACGACUCCUCUAGUUUGUACACAGUCUCCGUAGAUCUGUGGGCACUCGGGGCAAUCAUAUACAGGCUACUCACCAACGAGAUCCUGUUCGGCGACCCUCGUGAUUUAGCAAAGUAUGUUGCGGCAGGUCACCCGUUUCCUCGUGCGAUAGCCUCAGAGCUUGGCGCCAGUGAAGCGUGUGUGGAUUUUCUAGAGAAUAUCAUGGCUCGCUCGCCCAACAGCCGGCCCUCGUCAUCCGAGGCUUUGCGUCACCCAUGGCUGUCUGAGUUGCAAGAUCCAGUUGAUACAACAAUUGAUGCGUUGGAAGAACUAUCUAUUGCUGUUGAAGACUCUCGGACAAAGCACACCAUUGUUGACACAUCGGUUGCAAGCGCGCAGUGGCCCACAAGCUUAGGAUAA